UUCAUCACGUCAAACUUUGAACUUCGAAAGAAAAACAAGAGCAAACAACAUGAUUUCAAAGACAUCAGUAUUUCUCCUUUUAAUUAGCAUUCCAUUCUUCGCUCUUUUCUUCCCGUGCCACUGUGACUGCGAUGUGAGAUCAGUGAAGGAUGGGAACGGAGUAAGAGGAAUGUUUGUGUUUGGGAGCUCUUUGGUUGACAAUGGAAACAACAACUUCCUCAAGAACUCAUUGGCCAAGGCCGAUUACUUACCGUACGGUAUAGACUUCCCUUCGGGCCCCUCCGGUAGGUUUACCAACGGGGAAAAUGUCAUCGACCUUCUCACCGAACAGCUUAAGCUUCCUUCUUUGAUUCCUCCUUUUUCUCAUCCCGCAACAAAGGGAAACAAAAUCAUCCAUGGUGUCAACUUUGCUUCUGGUGCCUCUGGCAUUCUAGACGAUACAGGUUUAAUAGUGGGUAACAUAACAAGUCUAAAUCAACAAAUAAAGAACUUUGAGGAGGUGACGUUAGCUCAACUUGAGAAGGAAAUGAAGUGUAAAGGGAAAGAUUUGGUUGCAAACUAUCUGUUUGUGGUGGGAAGUGGAGGGAACGAUUACUCAUUCAACUACUUCCUCAAAAGAUCCAACAGAAGUAGUGCCAGCCUUCAAGCCUUCACUUCAAACCUUACUCUCUCGCUUUCUCAACAACUAAAGAAGUUGUACAAUUUAGGUGCUAGGAAGUUUGUGUUGAUGUCAAUAAACCCAUUAGGGUGCAGUCCAGUGAUGCUAGCGUUCCAACCAGAACGUCACGGCUGCAUACAAGGCCUUAACCAGGCGGCUGAGCUCUUCAAUACUCAGUUGAGGCUCCUCAUAUCUUCUAUCAAAAUGGAAAUGCCUGGUUCUAACCUUGUUAUGGUCAAUUCAUACAAGAUCAUAAGGGACAUCAUCCAAAACCCUCAGUCCAAAGGAUUUAAGGAUGCAAGCAGUCCUUGUUGUGAGGUGGUGCCUAGGAGUCAAGGAGGAGAUGGAAUUUUGUGCAAGAAAGGUGGGCAAGUAUGUGGAUACAGAAAUGCUCAUGUGUUCUUCGAUGGAUUGCAUCCAACAGAAGCAGUGAAUGUUGAAAUAGCAACUAAAGCCUUUGCAUCCUAUCGCGCUACUGAAGUUUACCCCAUUAAUGUCCACCAGCUUGCCAAACUUUAGACUUCCAUCCUCACCUGUUCAGGCAUAUCUUAGCUUAAUUUAGCAUGUGAUGACUUCUGAGUUCUGAUUGUCUCUAGUUGUAGUUAAACGGCUCGGUACGUAGUUCAUGCUAUAUUUUAGUUGUAGUUAAAAUACGGUUUGGUAGUUACUAGUUAAUGUUCCGUUUUGGGAAAUAGUGUCCGUCCGAGAAGUGAAUGCUUAGGCAGUUAAUGUGGAGUUGAACUUGUUAAGGUCUUUCAGGUUGUAAUAUAAAAUGUUUUAAUGU